CAGAUGGCCAAUGACCAUGGAUGGGAAUGGUUACCAUUUUGUUCUUUUAUUUAGUUGUUAUAAAGCUCUGCAGCGCCAAGAACUCAAGCAAUCUUCACAUUCGCAGGCUGGAAUAAGAUCGCCGGCUCAGAACAACAGAACCUCGAGAAAGCCUUGGCUGGAAUAAGAUCGUCGAUUCAGAACAACAGAACCUCGAAAAAGCCUUGUGGCCAUGGAUCGUGCGAGUAGUGACAUCGAACCUAAAAGGAUUCUUAGGAUUGGGUCAUUUGGUGCGACAAGCAGUGCAGGCUCUUCAUUUAGAAGGCGCUCUUUGAGUAUAUCACGAGCUCAUUCCUUUAGACUAAACGAUGACAUUGAAAGUGAGGCAGUUUCUCUGGCGGGAGAUGCUGGUGAUUUGGCUCUUCAUAGCAGUAGGUAUAGUCAGAGUAACAGAAUAAGCUAUUUAAUGGAUAAUGCGUUGGAGACCGGUGCAGUGUUUCCAAUUCUAGAAGAUAACAUGUUGCGAUCAUAUGGAUUUUGGGGCCGUGAUCAAGCAACACAAAAUGCAACCUCCCCUGUGUCACCAAUGCCAGAGGAAAUCAUAUCUCCUCUUCCCACUACUGCCCUGAAUUGCUCUCAGGAGAAAAAUCAAGAAGAAGAUGAAGCUCUGCCUUUGUUUUUGGAGUAUAUAUAUUGUCUUCUCUAUUUAGCUGUUUUUGGAAUUCUUGGGGUCUUAUCCAGGUAUUUGUUGCAGAAACUCUUUGGGCCUAGUAUUGCUGGUCUAACUAGUCAUCAAAGCAUUCUAUACCUUGAUCUUCCUUCUAAUAUGGUUGGUUCCUUCUUGAUGGCUUGGUGGGGGGUUGUUUUCAAAGAAGAGAUAUCAAGAGUGUCUAACCAUUUGGUAAUUGGAUUGACAACUGGAUACUUGGGAAGCCUUACAACUUUCAGUGGUUGGAAUCAGGAUAUGCUUGAUCUCAGUGUACAUGGACGCUGGCUAUUUUCUCUAUUCGGCUUUCUAUUAGGCCUGUUUCUUGCGGAUCGUUUCAUCAUUUUUGGGAUUGAGACAGCUAAGGGUUUCCGCUGGUUACUCAAAAGGAUAAACAGAACUAAAGAAAGAGAAAUGUCUAGCACUAAGAAGAAGUGGAGGGUCAGCAGGUACAGUCGACAUUGGUCAGUAAUGGUCGUGUUACUACUGUUUCUUGGUGCUUUAUGGAGUCUCAGUGGAGCAUUGCUAAGGAAGGAGUUCAAAAGUACUAGCACAGGACCUCAGUUGUGGCUGGCCUGCUUGGUUGGACCAGUGGGUGUGUGGAUCAGGUGGUUCUUAGCUCGACUUAAUGGCCGUGGAUUAGGAAAGGCAGGAAUCUUAAGGUGGGUUCCAUUUGGGACCCUUGCCGCUAAUGUUUCUGCAGCUUGCGUCAUGGCAGCAUUGGCCACCUUGAAAAAGGCGGUAAAUACCAGGACUUGCAAUACAGUUGUAGAUGGUAUUCAGUUGGGAUUCUUGGGUUGUUUGAGUACCGUUUCUACUUUCAUUGCUGAGUUCAAUGCAAUGAGAGGAAGUCAUCAGCCUUGGAGAGCAUAUGCUUAUGCCCUAUCUACAAUAGGUCUCUCAUUUGUUUUUGGGGUUCUUUUCUACGAUUUACCCGUUUGGGUAAAAGGCUACAAGUAAAAACUUGGUGCGCUUCUAUGCCAGUCGCUUUCUCUGGAAUAUGCUUCUAAGCAAUAAUGCCGAGAAUGAUGCAGAGACUUCAACUUAUCAUGGAGAAAACGCAGCAAAAAAUUAUAAAUUACUGGAGUCAUUUUCUAGUUGUAAGAUACAUAUUUCUAUCUAGUUCCUGAAUCUCUUUCUUGGAAUCAAAAUAUAGGUCUUUAGAAGGAGUGGUUACUAAACUAUCAGUUCUCAGUUAGUAAGAUCAAAACACAUACAGGUCCUAGUCUAGAUGGUAUGUAGUUUUGUUUCUUUGUAAAUAGCUAAUAAAACCUUACUCUCUCUUUUUUUUUUUCCCAUCAUUCGACAGAAGUUAUUGAGAAGAGGAAAAUAUCUGUGCAAGCUCAUCUGUUAUGGAUGUAAAGGGAAGAGGUUUAAGGUUUCUGAAGAAAUUAAUCUUGACAAUGAUCUUUAUUUCAGAUGCAAUAUUGAGAGAGAUGGAGACAUCAAAAUAGCAAGCAAGCAGCCCGUGGAUAGGAUGGUAUAGUUUUCCCAUAUUCUUCUCGUUGCAGCGGAGCCUUGUAUUGAAUUCAGAAUCCAGUAGCAGUUAAACAAACACGGCCUCAUUGCGGAAGCUUUGUUCAAUUUCAGUUAAGCUUAGCGGCUGAACUUUCUGGUCUUAUAUUUGGGUGGAUUGGGCUCAUUUACGAGUUCAGGAUGAGCUUUAGCAAGUUAGCACUUUAACACAAAAUGGAACAAUAUUUGAGCUUACCGGUUCCUAAAAAAAUGCACCAAAAUUG